UCUAGUUCUCGCCAUUGGGUUGAUCUGCCGGGCUUAUGGACGCCGCAAGUUUAAGGUUAGACGUGCACAGAAACAUGAGUCCUCUAGGAAUAAGCCAAUGGACAUCGCCGGCGAAUGCAGUAGAAAAGGUAGAAGAGAUGUUGAGCAAAGCUAUAAACUACCAGAAAGAUCUUUGGGACAUACUUGUAGUCCAAUCGACCGAGAGUGAUCCUACCAGGGAGAUGAGGCAAGGAGAUUUGAUCCCUCCUCAACUCUUAAAAUCCUUGAAGUCGAAGCUAGAGAACUCUAUGGAUUCGUGUAAUUCAGCUCUCAAUCGGCUAAAAGACAUCAUGGUCCAAACUACUUCUCUCCCAUCACUUGCAUCACCAGAGAAUCUUGAAUUGCAGAAGGAGUGGAAUACGUACGUCGGAAGCUUCUUUCUAAACGAGCUCUCGCAGCUGUCAUCUGGACCUCAAACCUGUGACGAUGAGGAGCUGCAUGAACAGUCCAUGAGCUUGUUAGUUUCUGAGGUAGAAACUCAACAAAACCAAGGAGUUUCGAGCUUACCAAGCUUAGAGUUAGUUUCAGACUGGAACAUGCUGUCAGAAGCUCCGGUAUCGGAUCUGCCACCAUCUCCUGGAGUUGCACUGAUGGAUCAAGGUCGGCAGAGCCCAUCAACUUGCCAUUUGCAUAUACCAGAGGCCUCAUGUAAUGACAGCAUUGCUAGUACAGAUGUGCAAGACCUUGCAGACAACCCAAACGACCGAAGAUUGAUGACAAAGCUCAAUAGUCGCGGACUUCGGCCGAGAUGUGGGCCAAAACGAGACAGGUAUUUCAGAGAGCAGACAGAAGAGAGGGGCGCCACCAUGUCCGUUGUCUUCCAAGAGCUGAAGCCUGGAGAUGACAUGAAAAAGGGGAUACCUGACGACGGCCAUCGAUGCUGGAAGAAAUACGGCAACAAAGCAAUCCAGAAUUCAACCUUCUGCAGAGGGUACUAUAAGUGUAGUAUGAAGGAAUGCCGAGCAAAGAAGAUGGUGCAACCCACAGACACAAACCCCAGCAUCUUCGAGGUCACCUACCUCGGGAAACACACAUGUUCCAGCACCUCUCGAAGAAGAAUUCGAUCUAGACCAACUCCUGCCCAUGCUCCAAAACCACAAGCAAACAUCACCGAAACAAGGGUUGCAAGCCAAUGCACGUCGACCCAAAACCCUAAAUCCCAACACCCUCCCCACAAAACAAAACCUUCUGGAAACGACGAACAGAACACCACAACUGUCCAGAGAAAGAAUACCCAACUGCCAAAACCCCGACAAACGACCUCAACAAUGAGAUCAACAAUCGGAGAUCUCCGGGAGGGUGCAAAUUCACAAAGAGAAGACAACAACUGGCCAUCUGCAGGGCAACAAGAAGCAAUUGAAAACGAAGGUAACAUGGGAAUGGAUUCCGAGGGGACGAAUUGCUCUCGUGAGGAUGAUGAAGAUGAUGAGCAAGAAGCCAGAUUCCAUUAUCAAAGCUUGCGGCACCACCAUCACCACCCUCAUCAUCAUCAUCAUCCUCAGUCCGGGUUCUCAUUCCAUACCGACACAUUGCUGUGGUCGGAGAUUCUGAACAGCAACCAUCGGGAGGUUUGGAGCUCUGGAAACCUGCAGGUGGAGAUUUAGAAGCUCCUUCUUCCAUCCAUCCGCCAUAGACAUGCCCCAUCUUUGUUUCUAGAUCGCUUCUAGUUCUUUUAGCACUAUUGUUUCUUUUUGGAUCCAACAGUAGUAGACACAGAUGAUGUUUCCCUUCUCUUCUGCCCAUCUUUGGAAUUUGUUGUUGUUGUUGUUGUUGCAGUUUCGGUUUGUGUGAUGUAGAAGCUACUUUGUUCGGCGAUUCUCGCACUGCUCAAAUUGUGGGUCAGGCUGCAUUCGAUUGUGUGCUUUUGUUCAAUCG